UGCACUCCUCUGGCGUUUGCAGCGCAGCGCGCCUCCUCUCAGUGGCCGCGCGCACUCGCUGCGCCCCUCCGGAACAACGCACGCGCGCUCUCACUCCACACUUGUCUCCUGCUGCCCGCUGCGACGCGGCCGCUGACCCGGGAUACAACUUCAAUCGCUCCUUCCAAACAGGAUGAAAGCCGCGUAUUUUGUCUUCGUUGCGCUUCUGUUUCUUCUUCGACGAUGCUCCUGUUCAGACGCAGAGCACAAGCUCUUCUCUGUGAUCUUCUCCAGCUACAACCAGUACAUACGACCGGUGGAAAAUGUCACCGACCCAGUUGUUGUGCAGUUCGAGGUGUCCAUGUCACAGCUGGUCAAAGUGGAUGAAGUCAAUCAAAUCAUGGAGACAAAUCUGUGGCUGAGACAUAUCUGGAAUGACUACAAACUUAGAUGGAAUCCAAAGGAUUUUGGAGGCGUUGAUUUUAUCCGAGUGCCAUCCAACAGGAUAUGGAAACCAGACAUUGUGCUCUACAACAAUGCAGUUGGAGAUUUCCAGGUCGAUGACAAAACGAAGGCCCUCCUUCGUUUCAACGGUGAUGUCACUUGGAUCCCUCCUGCCAUAUUCAAGAGCUCAUGCAAGAUAGACGUAACUUACUUCCCCUUUGACUACCAAAACUGCACGAUGAAGUUCGGCUCCUGGACCUACGACAAGGCCAAAAUCGAUCUGGUGCUUAUUGGCUCAACCAUCAACCUCAAGGACUUCUGGGAAAGUGGCGAAUGGACGAUCAUUGAUGCCCCCGGUUACAAACACGACAUUAAGUACAACUGCUGCGAGGAAAUCUACACGGAUAUUACCUACUCUUUGUACAUCCGCCGUCUGCCACUCUUCUACACCAUCAACAUGAUCAUCCCUUGCCUCCUCAUCUCCUUCCUCACCGUACUUGUCUUCUACCUGCCAUCUGACUGCGGGGAGAAAAUCACUCUGUGCAUCUCUGUUCUCCUGUCUCUAACUGUCUUCCUCCUUGUCAUAACAGAGACCAUCCCCUCCACCUCGCUAGUCAUCCCCCUGAUUGGCGAGUACCUCCUCUUCACCAUGAUCUUCGUCACCCUCUCUAUUGUGAUCACUGUUUUCGUGUUGAACGUCCACUACCGCACACCCAAGACCCACACUAUGCCCUGUUGGGUGCGGACUGUGUUCCUGGGGCUGCUGCCCAGGGUGAUGUUCAUGACGAGGCCAGAGACGGACGCUGAGAGGGUGCUGGCGGCGGCCGGCGAUGUUCAGACGACGCAUUUGAGGCCCUGUGCCAUUCACCCGUCAGGUGCUCUGCAGAAGCAGCACAAACCUCAGGCCCCGCCCCCCCCCAGCGUGGUUUCCAGCCUGACAAACCGCCAACGGCUUUUCAACAACACAGAGCUCUCGGACCUCAAUAACUUGAGUGGAGACCCGGCCAAAGGUGCCGGCUCAGCGCUCUUGUGCUGUAAGGGACAUUGCAACUGCUGCUGGCGCCAGAGAUCCAGCAAACUGCCUGCAGACUCGGGGGGAGGCAGCGGGGGACUGGGCAGCAUGGGGGCGCUGAGUGGGGGCAGUGCUGUCGGGGGGGGGAGUCAUUGCUCCAGCUCCGAGUCCGUGGCAGGAGGAACAAUGUCCAUGUUGCCGCUGUCCCCUGAGGUCCAGGAGGCCAUCGAAAGUGUCAAAUACAUAGCAGAGAAUAUGAGACUUCAGAAUGAGGCGAAGGAGGUUCAGGAUGACUGGAAGUACGUUGCCAUGGUUAUCGACAGAAUCUUCCUCUGGGUUUUUGUCCUCGUGUGCAUCCUGGGAACAGCUGGCCUCUUCCUCCAGCCGUUAUUACUUUGGGAUGACAUCUGAAUAAGUUUGAUAAAGAAAAUAACUCAAUAUCCCGAUUUUAAUACUGCACAGCAGUUAUUAUUUAUAAGACUCGACACAGAGAGGGGAGACACAGAGCUGAUCGAAAGUCGAGGAGGAAACCUUUAGGUGAAUGUUUUAAAUAGAUGCUCUUUUUGGUUGAAGAAAGGCUCCCCAAGGCAGAAGCCACUGUUAAACGAUGGCAAAGACCACAGUGUUUAGUCAUUUAAUUGUUUUGCAGGAGAUAGCGAUCUACAAUGCUGCGCAAUAAAUAAAUAGUUAAUUGUUCUUAUUUUCUCUGGUUUAGGCAACAUUUAAAUUCUGUGAGAGUGUGAAAGACAACAGCAACCAUUUGUUGGAGAGGCAGUGAUCAACUCCAAUCAUUAUCACCUGCUGGUCAGCAGCUUUGCGUGCGGCUGUUUGUUUCUUGCAGCAGAGUAUCUUUGUCUGGACGUGCGCACACUUGUCCCCUUUUUAUGAAAAUAGUCAUUCAUGCCAAGGCCACAACAUUGUAGUGUCAAUAACUUUGAAGGGUAACUGAUUAGAAUUUGUGAACUUGAAGCAUCUCAUUUCAAAUUAAGGGUAUGUGUAUUCUCAAAAUGCAACCAUUGUGUCACCAGGAAACCCUGUGAUAUCUUCUUUAAAUGUUAAAUCCAGAUUGAGUGUGUUUAACAUUUAUUUUCACGUUUCUGAGGAGAAAGCAAUGUGGUGGACUGUGCUCAGAGAGUGCCACCAUGUGGCAAUGAAUCGGUAAUACAGUCUUUGUGUAAAGGGAUAUGUAGCUCAUUUUGACGUCCUCUCCGUUGUCACAUAUUCUGUUCUCUUCCAUUUUUCUACCUUUUGAAAAUUGUAUAAUUUCUUUAAAUUCCAUGAGCAAAUGGAAAAGCAUGUACAAAAAUAUUUUACUUCUGUCUUAACCAAAUAAUGUAACCAAAUAUUAAAAACAUGUUUUACAAAGGCA